CAAAAGAUCCAAGAGAUCAGAAAAAGUUAAAGCCCCACCAAAGGUGUAGAGGGUGCACGCUCAAAGUAACUGGCAUGGGGACAUGGGUGCCCCCUGCUUGAUGGAGUUGGAAGUACUUGUGGGAGAGAGUUUGUGUCGUCUACAAUACAGGAGGUCAGAUUGUCUCCACCCCCAUGAUUGGGGCACUUUUGGCACUCUCAAAGCAUAAUAUUAGCACAAAAAUAAAAAGAACUGCAGCAUGACCCUGGUUGUGUUGCGGGGAAAGAUCAGCACCACUUCUUUUUUUUUUUUUUUUUCACAUUUGGUACCUGAAAUAUGUGUAACCCUGGGAGAGCUGUAGCAGUCAAAGAAGGAAUAAUGUAGCUAAUGAGAUAUAAGAAGGAAGGAACUAGAUUGUUAUGUAAUGGAUAGAAACAAAAGUACAUAUGGUGGAGUUCCAAUUAAAGCUUGUGUGUGAGAGAAAGAAACCUACCAAUCUUUCUUUUCUUUUCUUUUUUUUUUAUAAAGGGAAAGUACUGUAGGGUAUGUAGUGCAAUCCUUAUUCAUUCCAUAUAUAGCAUAAUAUAGCACACAAAAGCAUUUGGUUAUUCCCCCUUCAACAAAAAGGGAUUUUUAUUCUUUUAUGCUAUCAGCAAAACAAGUUUGAGACUCAAAAAGGAAGAAAAAUUCUCUCCUUUUCCUUAUGGGAUCUCUGAGGAAAGAGCCUAGUCCCUCUGAGAGUUCGUGCAUCAUUUCUGCACCAGAUGAAGUCAAAGAUCGAGAUCAACAAGAGGCGAGGCCGAGUAAUCUCCAACUAGAUCUAAAGCUAACUACCACGAGUGAUUGUGGUGAUCACAGGUUCAAUCAAGAACUCAAUCUUAUCGAUUCCUUGAAGACAGCAGGUUCAUCUGACAGCAGUACCGCACCAGAAACUCCCCAACCUACAGAUGCUGAGCAGCGGGUUUUCUCGUGCAACUAUUGCCAAAGAAAAUUCUACAGUUCACAGGCUCUUGGAGGACACCAAAAUGCCCACAAGAGGGAGAGGACUCUGGCAAAAAGAGGACAAAGGAUGGGAGCUCAUAUAGCAGCCUCAGCCACAGCUUUUGGACAUCCUUAUUUUCACCACAAUCAUUAUUCUAGCUUGGCUUCUCUUCCACUACACGGUGCGUAUAAUAGAUCUUUGGGAAUUCAGGUGCAUUCAAUGAUCCAUAAACCUUCUCAUAUCUCUUCAUCAACUGGCUUUGGAAGUGUGUAUGGGCACCAUAGUUGGUCCAGGCCUCCCAUAGACCAACAACCAGCAAUAGGGAAGUUAUUAACGGAGAAUCCCCAUGUAAUCCCAACAGGACCGACCUCUCGAGCAAGUGUGGGUAGGUUCAACAUAACGAGGUCGAUGAUGGGUUCUCCAGCUGAUGAUGAGGUGAUUGGUAAUUGUUGGUGGUCAGGUGGUGGUAGUCUGAAGACUAAGCAGGAAGAUCAGAUGCAGAAGGUUGACCUAUCCCUCAAGCUCUAAUUGAUUAUAUCAUUUCUAAGAACGUAUAUUUUUUUGCUCUGAUUAAGAUUUUGUUUACCCUUAAUUUCUUUGGAAGUAAUUUUUAUGUAUAUUUGAUCAUAGAGAGAAGUUUUGGACUUUGUUUCUUCAAUGGUACUUGGAACUGUUUAUCUGUU